AAAAGUGAGAAACUGAGGAUUACGUAUAUAAAAGUGUGGGGAGCUACCAAAAGCAAGAUCAUAAUUACUCAUUAUCAUAUUAGCUCUUAAUCUCAUUUACUUUCUCCACCAUCUUAUAACAUCUUCUUGUCCAAUUCUUUUGAGAAAGAGAGAUAGAGAGAGAGAGAGAGAGAGAGAAAGAAUGGGAAAGAAAGGAGACGGGUUCUUUCUAAGCAGGAUAAGGGCUAAUGUAAGAGUCCAACCACCGACAACUACGAGCCAGCAUGGCUGCAGCCACGAGCCUCCAAGCUCCUCCACAGAGAUAAAAGGAAGAAGAAUCAUGGUCGUGGUUGAUUCUUGCUCGGAGGCUAAAAACGCUCUUCUUUGGACUCUCUCGCACUGUGCUCAGCCUCAAGAUUACAUUCUUCUUCUUUACUUUUUUAAAGCUAAACCCUCUCAAUCAGGUGCUCUAGCUACCAAAGAAGAAGAUGAAGAAGAAGAAGAAGAAUCUUAUGACAAACCCAUAGCGUCAAGAGCUAAUAAAAAAGUUUUAGCCUUGAAAAACAUUUGUGAGCUUAAAAGACCUGAGGUAAAGACAGAAGUGGUGGUUGUAAAAGGUGACGAGAAGGGUCCGACCAUAGUAAAAGAAGCAAAAGAAAGAGAGGCUUCUAUGCUGGUUCUAGGCCAGAAGAAACAGCACGCUACGUGGCGGUUACUAAUGGUAUGGGCAUCGCAGGCCCGACCCGUGACGUCCAAACACGACUUUGUAGAGUAUUGCAUCAACAACUCUCCUUGUAUGGCCAUUGCGGUUCGUAAGAGAGGCAAGAAGCUCGGUGGUUACACUCUUACAACUAAGUGCCACAAAGACUUCUGGCUUUUGGCAUGAUUGUUUCUAGUAUUUACUUUUCUUAUCUAAAUUAAUAUAACCCUUUUAAGAGUGUAUGAUUGUUUCUAGUAUUUACUUUUCUUAUAUAAUUAAUCAUGGUUGUGGUUUGAUAAAGCUGUCGACAGAAACAAAAAUCAUAGUUGUUGUUUAUGGAUUUUUUGGUGCAAUUUUUAUAUG